UGCUCUUUUAGCCAGCUGCAUGUUAUUUGUUAAUCGGCUGGUUAUAACACUUUAUGAAUUAAAAAAGGUAAUUGACAAUGCUGCGAUCGAGGAUUUCCUGCGCACUGCCACCCAGGAGACUGGUGUCCUACUUCUCGGCGGAAUUCAAUAAGGUGGCGCACGAGGGACCGGCGAAAUUCGCCGCAGGCAGCAGUCAUGCCGUAACGAGUGUGGAUUUGGAUUUGUUCGUCAAUCCGGAUAACCGGCCCAUGGACCUGGUGGACCGGCUGCUCAAGCUCAGGAAACAAAAGGAGGCCAGUUUGGUGCCGCUGAUUCCCAGUGUCUUGGUCAAGCAAUUGCUGGACUCCACCAAUCCGCAGGAGACGAUAUCUGUGCUCCGUAAUCCCAUCCAAUACGGCCUCUUUGUGGACCAGUUCUCCGGCUGCUUUCUGUUGGACUUCCUGCUGCACAAUGGCCACGAGGUGGAAUCGGCCCAACUGGCCACUAUUCUCGUGGACAGAAACUUAUGCAACAACGAGUUGCUGGAGUCCCUGGCCCUACAGUCCUUCUGCUCCUUCGCCAAGGAGUUCAAGCCCUUCGAGUCCUCUCAAGUUCAACCUCCUGCCAAAAAUGCUGAAGUGGAAAAAGUUCGCGUGAAGUUCAUUCGCAAUUACCCCGACGACGCCAGCGAAAAUACCGAAGAGAAGAAACUGGGUCGCGCCAUGGUUCGAUUGGGCUCCGGCGAAGGGUCCUUGAAAGAGCUGAAGCAGAACGUUGCCCUACUUGGCUAUGUAUUAUCCGGACAAGUGCCCGAGGCCUCCAGCUUUCUGGCCUCGAACCCAGCUGCCCUGCACAAGGAGACUCUAUCAGUCGCCCAGAGCAUAGUUGAAAGCCUCAAGCUAGAGGGAUCCGAAGAGCUGCUGAAGUCCCUGCAGGAAGCCGUUGAGAAGAGUAGCAAAUCGAAUGCCAUUCAAUCGCUAUUGGAGAACAGCGUCAAAGCCAGUGUGCAGAAGUUUGAGCCCAAACUGCUGGCCGACUACGGCGAGUCGUAUCAGGAGUGGGCCAAGAAGUUCGAGGCAGCGGUGCAGCGCCAACUGGAGUUGCAGACCGUGGAGGAGCGCAAGGCCAGCAUCCAGAAGACCCUCAGCGAACUGGAGGCGAAGCGGCAGAACCUGUGGUUCUUCGAGAACCGGGACGACAUCGACAUCCAGAUCUACAAGAAGAAGGUCUACUAUCCCAAGCGCUGGUUCGGCAAAAAGAAGAAGCCCAAGGCAGCGGACACCUUCUAUGUGCCGCCGACCAUCACGCACAACGGCUAGUGGACAACCCGUGGACCCUACACAACCCGUGGCCACAAACAAGUUAGAUCCAAUUGUUUUUAAGCUUUAAUUAAACUACUGGAGAGUUAAUCCAAA